GCUUAUUUUUUCUGCAUACCAGUUCGAUGCAAUCAGCUAGAGGGUUUUCAUCGGGUUCAGAUCUGCCUCCUCAUCAAGAGAUCGGGAUGCCUUCUCUCUCGCCAACAAUGACUGAGGGUAACAUUGCCAGGUGGCUGAAAAAAGAAGGUGAUAAAGUUGCUCCUGGGGAAGUACUCUGUGAAGUUGAAACUGACAAAGCAACUGUCGAAAUGGAAUGCAUGGAAGAGGGCUAUCUCGCCAAGAUUGUAAAGGCGGAGGGUUCAAAAGAAAUUCAAGUCGGCGAGGUAAUUGCUAUUACAGUUGAAGAUGAAGAGGACAUUGGAAAGUUCAAAGAUUACACCCCAUCAUCUACUGCUGAUGCCACUCCUAAAGCAGAACCAACUCCUGCCCCACCAAAGGAAGAGAAGGUCGAACAGCCAUCAUCGCCUCCUGAACCGAAGGCUUCCAAGCCUAGCUCACCUCCCACAGGAGAUCGUGUUUUUGCUAGUCCUCUUGCAAGAAAAUUGGCUGAAGAUAAUAAUGUGCCUCUCACAAACAUCAAAGGUACAGGUCCUGAAGGGCGGAUAGUGAAGGCAGAUAUCGAUGAGUACUUAGCUUCAAGUGGUAAAGGAGCUACUGCGAAGCCAUCUAAGUCAACUGAUUCUAAGGCCCCAGCUUUGGACUAUGUUGACAUCCCUCAUUCUCAGAUACGAAAGGUCACAGCCUCACGUUUGGCAUUCUCUAAGCAAACUAUCCCUCACUAUUACUUAACCGUUGAUACAUGUGUUGACAAACUUAUGGGUCUGAGGAGUCAGCUUAAUUCAUUCCAAGAGGCUUCUGGUGGGAAGCGGAUAUCUGUCAAUGAUCUUGUUGUUAAGGCUGCUGCAUUAGCUCUCAGAAAAGUUCCUCAGUGCAAUAGUUCAUGGACUGAAGAUAACAUCCGCCAGUUUAAAAAUGUGAACAUCAACGUAGCAGUGCAGACAGAAAACGGGCUGUAUGUCCCUGUUGUGAAGGACGCAGACAAGAAGGGUCUGUCCACAAUUGGAGAAGAAGUUCGGUUGUUAGCUCAGAAAGCAAAAGAAAACAGCUUAAAGCCAGAAGAUUAUGAGGGAGGAACAUUUACUGUCUCUAACUUGGGAGGACCUUUUGGCAUCAAGCAAUUCUGUGCAGUCGUUAAUCCACCUCAAGCCGCCAUUCUAGCAGUUGGAUCCGCUGAAAAGAGAGUUGUCCCCGGUAACGGACCAGAUCAAUUCAACUUUGCCUCUUACAUGCCUGUUACACUGAGCUGUGACCAUCGCGUAGUAGACGGUGCCAUUGGAGCUGAGUGGUUGAAAGCAUUUAAGGGAUACAUCGAGAACCCCGAAUCUAUGCUGCUCUAAAAGAGAACCAACCACGCAUUGGAACAACACACCAAAGCUCGUAAGAGUCUCUGAUCUCGCAUUUCUCUGUACCAAUUGAUUUCUUUGUUUUCAUACGUUGAAAAUCUCGGUAUCUUUCGUUUUUUAAAAGAUUUUUGUUUCUCUGAAUAAAUAUGGGGCGGGGGAUAAAGCUUGGUAUUCAGCAUUUCUAAUGUAAACUGGAUUUUAGGAUAUUAUUUGCUGGCUCUGGUUGUUCAUGGAGGGCGAUGUAAUAAACCCCACUGUAUUUA